GUUACGAGCAUUGAGAUAUUGCGUCGCAGUACUUGUAGUACGCUUUUAUAAGCAAAUCGUCUCCUAUCACGCUGUCAGCGAUAAAACGACAUACGUCUUAACGCGUUCCCUUUGCAUAUUGGUUUGUAAGUUGAGCUCGUGGAUUGCCGCUGAAGCGUAUCCCUUUCGGUCCUUUAGCCGACAACCCAAACCGCUGAAACCAGGCUUGGGAGGCCCCUCACAAUAGGUGGCCUCCCGAUUUAUUACAUAGUUAAAAGUUAGGUGAAUAAGAGCAGUCUUUUCACGCGAAUGGGCAACUCCUCAAGCGCCCUUUGUGGGUGCUAUCGUCCUUACGCGGACAUAUACAAGCAGCCUGUGCAUGAUGUGACUCCAGAAUGCAGGCCGCUGGACAUUGUGGCCGGAAAGGUUCCAGUGAAGGACAAUAAACCAGCGAUUGACAGCAGGGCUAUCGACUCCUCCUUAAUCCUCAACGUCCUGGACCAUGAGAACGGACCAGCCAAAGGUCUUCCCUACCAGGUGCACUACCUGGGUCCCCCCGUCCCGCCGUGCGAGGAUGCCCGCUUAGCUACCAUUCGUGCGCUGGACAAGAUUGCGGAUAAGCAGCCCGAGAGCGACCCCGAGAUCGCCUCCAUCCUGCGUCUCUGCACCUCCAUGUUCCAGGCCCCGGUGGCGCUGGUGGCGCUGUUCGACUCGAAGCGAGUCUACAUCAGCGGCAGCGAGGGCGGCGUCAUUCCCUGCGGUGACUUCCCUUGGAGGUGGACCCUGUGCGCCUGGUCGCUGGCGUACAACCACGCGCAGAUCCUGGUCAUCCCCGACACGCACCAGGACGCCCGGUUCCGCGAGAACGCCAAGGUGACUGGCUCCCCCGGAGUGCGCUUCUACUGCGGAGCGCCCCUCAUCGCCUCCAACGGACACCGCCUGGGCACCAUCUGCUUUGCGGACGUGUCGCCCCGCCCCGGCUUCGACGCGGCCUCCUGCAGCGUCAUGAACAACCUGAGUGAGCUGGUCGUACGGCACCUGGAGAAGGACAUAGCGUUGAAGCUCAAGACGCGGGACAACGAUGUGCUCAAGGCCACUUACGGGCAGCUUCAGCGCACGCUGGACUGCUUCGACCACUGCCUGGUGCUCAUCGACACCAGCGUGCCGGGCUGGAGGCUCAUGCAUGCAAACGCGGCUUGGGCCAAGCUGACGGGUGUGGAGCGCAGCGAUGUGGUCGGCAAGGAGCUGAGUGAGGUGUUCGAGGGCGCGGAGGGGCUGGUGGUUCCCACUCCGGAGCUGGAGAAGGCGGCAGCAAGGUGCUACGACUUCCAGGUGACGUCUGCCAAGCUGCGGCUGCCCUCCCCGCUGGGCAACCCCAAGGGCGGCUUCGUGCUCACCUUCCGACCGGCGGCGCGGGAGGGCAUGGACGAGAGCGUGGUACCCAUCGGCAUUCCCGCCUUCCUAAAGCCCGAGCCCGAUGCCGCGGGUGGUGAGGACGACGGUCCGCCUUCCUCGGCGCGACGCUUCUACUUCAUGUCGGUGGACCUGGCGGGCAAGGCGCUGUCGUCGCGCGCCAGCUCGGUCAUCUCGGGCGUCACCUCUACCUGGACCGCCGGGGGCUCCGACAUCGUGGAGGGCCUGGAGCUGGGUUACCUGCUGGGCAAGGGCUCCUUCGGCUCCGUCUACUACGGCACAUGGCUGGGGACCCCGGUGGCGGUCAAGGUGCUGGACACGGAUGUGCGCAGCGCACUGACCCGCGGGUCGGGCGGCGCGGCGAUGGAGGCAGUACUGGGCCAGCAGCUGCGACAUCCCAACAUCGUGGCGACCCUCAAGUGGGCGGCGAGGAAGCUGGACCGGCCCAACGCCAACACCUCCAUCAUGACCAGCAUGGACACCGACGGAGCGGGACACAGCAAGUGCGCCAAGGGUGCGCUCCCCUCCACCGACACCAACGCCAAGACCCCGCGGGGACCCCUCUCCCAGCGUGCCAGUCUGGAGUUCGCGCCUCUGGGCCCCGAAUCCUCCUCCGUCAUCCCCAACACCACCAGCAGCAGCACGGUCCCUCCCCCUGCUCCUGCUCCUGCUCCUGCUCCCGCUCCUGCUGCUGCUGCAGACGGCACCAACAGCACGGACGCGGGUGCGGGUACGGUGCACCUGGUGUCACCUGCUGCGGUGUCGAACGUGGCGGCACAGAACGCAUGGCCGGUGAUCAACUUUGACGGCCAGCUGCAUCAGCUGGAGGAGGCGGGCGGCACUGCGGCUUCCAACGCGCAGUCCAACGACUGGCCCUCACUGCAGCCCAAUGCAAAGGGUCGCGGCACGGGUGGAGUGGCCCGUGGGUCGGAGCCGCACAACAGCCUCAGCCACGAUUGCGUGAGCUCCGGAUCCAACAGCAUGCAGACCUGGAUCCUGAUGGAGUUCUGCGACAAGGGCUGCCUGCAGGAGGCUAUUGACCGCGGCUGGCUUCGUACGGAGCGCUCGGCCCUCAGCGGCGGCCCCAACCUGGCUGCCGUACUCGCCACUGCGCGGGAGGUGGCGGCGGCGCUGGCCUACCUGCAUGCGGCCAAUGUCGUACACGGCGACCUCAGCGGCUGGAACGUGAUGCUGUGCUCGGCGGGGGCGGCGGCGGCGGAGGGCGGCAGGGGCUUCGUGGCCAAGGUGGCUGACUUUGGUUUGAGCCGCACGCUGGAGAUUCGCUCCAAGAUGCAGACCGCAAACUACGGCACGCUCUCCCACAUGCCUCCCGAGCUGGUGCUUCACGGCACUGUGAGUCGCGCGGUGGACGUCUACUCGUUCGGCGUGCUGCUGUGGCAGAUGUACACCGGGUCGCGACCCUGGUCGGGACUCACACACAGCCAGAUCAUCAUGCUCAUCGGAUCAGGGGAGGCCCGCCUCGUGUUCCCUCCCGGCACCCCCUCCACCUACGAAUCCCUCAUGCGCGCCUGCACGGACCGCGACCCCGACCGCCGCCCCGCCUUCACGGAGAUCCUGAAGCAGCUGGAGGAGAUGGCGGAGGAGCUGAGGCUGCGCGGCAUGCUGGACUGAAGCAGGGGGAGGGAGGAGGAGGAGGAGCUGCACGGCGGGCUGGAUUGAAGGGUCGCCAGCAGCAGCAGCAGUGCGUGCAGCACCGGCGAGAGAAGCAGGGUAAGGCGUCAGGAGCAGCACCAGCAAUGUAAGCAGGAAGAGGAGGAACAGGUGUAUGCGGAGCGGCUAUGCCCCUGCGACGCAUGCUGGGACCAAGGAGAGGCUGGGGUGCUGGGCUGGGUCAGGAAACAGCGUGUGGCUUCCAUGCCUGAUCACCCCGAUGGUCUGUAUGAAAGUGCAUGUACACAUUGAUUAAUGGGUUGCUUGUGUGUGCGUUUGUGGGUGUGGGCAUGAUUGAUGUGUGCGUGGGCGCAGCAGGCUGUGUGUGGCUUCCCUCGAGAUGUUGCAGUUGUUGGGGAGCGGGGGAGCGUGUUUUGCCUGAUGCGGGUUAGGGGAUCUUUUGUUGCUGCAAGGGUCUUGUUGGCACUAUCCCGAUGGAGUUGUUGGCUAUUAAUAAAUUGAGGACCUGUCCGGUGAAGUAGAGCGUUUGGUAUGGUUGGGUGUUCGGUUGAGGGGCGCAUGGAGGCCACCGGGCUCUGGGGAUAACGUUAACAGGUUGGAAUCCCAAGCCUGUAAUUGGGGUAUCCUGUCUUGCCGCAGUCCACGUAAGCAGUAUACGUAGUGUUGGCGGCACAUUGUUGUUUGGCAUUGACGAUGCGGAGAGAAGCUGGGAACUUGCAAGCAUGCAACGGCCGUAGGCUGCUACGGGGUUAUGCUGCUGUCGAUGCGUGUGGUAUGUAAGUUUCAGGUAGGGUUUAGGGACAGCGCUGUGUGUUAUGGUGGUUUCGGUGCUGGGAGGUUUUAGGGAAGGAUCAAACCCAAUUCAAGGCUUAAAACCGUAAUCUACGAGCGUGAGAGGAAGGUGCGUGCGAAGUCGUAACCGCCUGGGGGGGUAGCCUCGUACGGGGGCUCCCGCGGGAUGUGUUUUUGCGGUGCGUUGCGAGGGG